GGCAAGGAUAUAUAUCUAUCUAAUCUCCUAAUAUCUAACUAAACACAUAUUCCACAAGUAAAAAAAAUCCGUAUGUACAUUUACACACUUCAGAAAUUAUUAACUUACAUAAUUUAAAUAAUUACACUGCAAAAGCCCUGCCCUUAAAAGUGUGUAAAUAUUUACAAAGUGUGCAUAAGAAUGAAACCGAAACAAAACUUGGGCGAAUUUAGAGACCGAGUUGACUACAUUAGUUUAAACUGUAAAGAUUGUAAACAUAACAAAGUUGAAGGUGUAACGCCGUGUAACAUUUGCAUCACAUCGGAAUCCAUCCAAAUUAGGGAAUUAGUCGCCUUGACCACGGGCGAGAGUCAUCUGGAUAAAUUUAGGUGUCUCCGAUACCUCGAGGACACGGUGGGGAAACCUGCAGUGGAGGGCAGACAAUGGAUCAUGCUUUGUUGGGCUUACGCUGAUAUCCUGCACAAAGAAAAGGGCCCCCUUCCCACUAAAAUAUGUCGAAAAAUGAAGGAAUUCUUCACUUUUUGCAUCCAGCAGCACGCCAAGAGUUUACUCGAACUGCAUCAAAUAAUGGUGAUGAUCGACCACACCGGGAAGUUUGGUCCCCUGGGGAAGGAGAUAGUAAACAAGGAUUGGAAAAUAAGUUCCGAAUUUUGCACACUGGAGAAGGUCAUUCUUUCCAAGGCCAAGAACUUUCCGCUUGUCGAGGAAAUAAAGACAUUGAAUCAAAUCGGCGCCACCGCGUAUGGAUCUGAACCUGUAAAACGGUCACCUAUUUCCUACUUUUACCCAAAUUUACGGCCAGUAAAGUUGAUAAAGCCGGUAAUAGUGGUCCGAACGGUCCCAAUGUCAGCCUGCCAGGCCAAGCCUAAAAUGGCAGAUCACACAACGCCACAUCCCUUCUUAGAAGCAAUGCGUCGGGCAACGGAAAUGAUGUUUGCCCAGGCGCAACGGGGAAGGAAGGGAAAACCUGAAGCCGUAGUGAGGACAUGUUCACUACCACCAUACGUUAGUCCAACUUCACCUUCGUUAUGGGUCAAACCAAGUACUAAGCCACCAUGGGAUAACCCAAAUUCACAGCAUCCGUGGGGAAACCCAAAUUCUCAGCCAGGAUGGGGAAACUCAAAUUCACAGUGGUCAUGGGGUAACCAAAAUUCAAAGACAUCAUGGGGUAACCCAAAUUCACAGUGGUCAUGGGGUAACCAAAAUUCAAAGACAUCAUGGGGUAACCCAAAUUCACAGUGGUCAUGGGGUAACCAAAAUUCAAAGACAUCAUGGGGUAACCCAAAUUCACAGUGGUCAUGGGGUAACCAAAAUUCAAAGACAUCAUGGGGUAACCCAAAUUCACAGUGGUCAUGGGGUAACCAAAAUUCAAAGACAUCAUGGGGUAACCCAAAUUCACAGUGGCCAUGGGGUAACUCAAAUUCACACCAACCUGGGAUCAAUUCAACUUCAAUGCAUCCGGCUGCCAAGACAACCUCACUUCCUCCCCCUGUGCAGCCAACUUCUAUUCCUCCAUAUGUCAAGCCAACUUUACUGCCAGCACGGAUCAAUUCUCCAACUUCAAGACCACGACAUUUCAAGUCAAAUUCACAGCCUCCACAAUUUUAUCCACCCAUCAAGAAUAAUUCUUCUACUGUACCAAACAAAACAAAGGGGAACAAAUUAGACAAGCCCGAGCCAGAAUUUACCCGAGUAGUUAAACUCGAAAAAGACCGUGAAGACCAAAUUUCCAACGAGACGGAGGCGAAAUUACAAGACGAAGGAGUAUCUAUUGACCCACUUUCCUCGCUUAAGGAGGAAGACAAGCCGGAUCUGCGUACCGAAGAAAAACGCCAAUCAUCUCAUCUCCGCGUGCCAGGUGCACACGAUGAACCUGACGUAAUCAGAUCGGGUAAAAGUGAGAAAUCGGAUCUAAUGGGAUCAGCCGAGGAACCUAACGUUGGCCCAGUUCCUUCUCCCCUCGACCCCGAUAUCCUGUUGUACGUGACGGACCCACGCACCACAAUAAGACUGAAUCCGUCCCUCUUUCCGUCUGAAGGUGGCGGUUGGUUGGCGAGUAGUCUGCUGCCCUCCGAGGUGAGAAAGAGACCGGAGAAAAGGGACGAUAAUCUCGACCAACGGCAAUCACCGCCACUUCCGGUCCUGCCAAUGGUUCCGGCGGGCUGUAAGGAAACCCUGCUUGGGAUCGACUUCACGCCUGAGGAGUACCUCGAGCAUACGAUCGCAGACAAUUAUUAUGCUCAAGGGAUAAAAUUGGUUGAGGGGGUGAGAAGAGUUGUGUUCUAUCAUAGAGUCAAUUCCUUAAGUUGUCCUUUGGAAGAUGACGCAUUUUUUGGUAAAAGUAUUCCUAAAUAAGUCCCUAUGGCGGGCGGGUUCUCCUCAAUAUUUUAAUAAUCUUCAAAAUUUCAGCGAUGAUUCUGCAGUGCUUUACACACUUAAAUAUGUAAAUUCAGAAAUUAUUACUUUCUUGAUGAAAAGCUGA